UGUGUCCUCUCUCAGGACGGAAGUGAGUCCAUUUUUCCCCCUCAGUGAGAUAAAAGCGGCCGGAGGAGCUGCAGCCGUGCAACACGCGCCCAUGUGAGGCCAUACGCUAUGUUUUACGAGUGUGUUUUCGCCUCGUUGCAAACAACAACAACAACAAGAAGCGAGAAAACGAGAUGGCUUCUUUCCCCGAUUCUGACCUGCAGACCUGUCCGCUCUGCAAGGAGCUGUGCGGCUCCUCCGCUCCCAUCUCCUCCAGCUCUUCUACCUCGUCCUCCUCUUCGCACACCUCUGGCUCCUCUAACCACGCCACCAAGAGGCUCCACGUCCUACCCUGCCUGCACACCUUCUGCAGGCAGUGUUUGGAGGGACAGCGCAGCCCUAGCGACCCGCUGAAGCUGCGUUGCCCCACCUGCGACCACAAGGUCUCCAUCUCUGAGGCCGGAGUGGACUCCCUGCCUUCCUCCAACUUCCUCUUCAGCAACCUGUUGGACGUGGUGGUGAGCUCGGAAGAUCAGAUCCAGAAUAAGAACGGUCACCAUCACCUCGGGGGCCUGAUCGGGGGCUCGUCCGGGUUCCACCCGUCACACGGGGGCCUGCUGCACGCGCAGCACAUGGGGGAGCCUCAGUGCAGCUCCUGCGACGAGGAGAACCCGGCCACGUCCCACUGCCUCGACUGCCAGGAGUACCUCUGUGACAACUGCGUGCGAGCUCACCAGCGGGUGCGGCUCACCAAAGACCACUUCAUCGAGCGCCUGGGGGAGAGCCUCCACCUGAGCCGGGUCAACUCCAACAGCAGCGGCACGGGCCAGCCGGGGAUGUCCGUGUCCCUCGCCCAGUCCUUGCAGAACAACUUUGCGCUGCUGUCCCUGUUCCAGGACCGGAUGAGCUUCUGCCAGCACCAUGACAGCGAGGUGUUCCUGUUCUUCUGCGAAACCUGCUCGGUGCCGAUCUGCAGGGAGUGCAGCGUGGGCCGUCACAUGGGCCACACCUUCGUCUACCUGCAGGACGCCGUGCAGGACUGCAGGGCCAUCACCAUCCAGCUGCUGGCGGACGCUCAGCAGGGUCGACAGGCUGUCCAGCUAAGCAUGGAAAAAGUCCAAGCCAUGGCGGAGCAGGUGGAGAUCAAGGCGAAGGUGGUGCAGACCGAAGUGAAGGCUCUCGUUCUGAGACACAGGAAAGCCCUGGAGGAGAGGGAGUGUGAGCUCCUGUGGAAGGUGGAGAAGAUCCGUCAGGUGAAGGCCAAGUCUCUGUACCUGCAGGUGGAGAAACUCCACCAGAGUCUGACCAAGCUGGAUAGCACCAUUGCUGCUGUGAGCCAGAUACUGGAUGAGGGCCACCAUCUGGACGUGCUGCUGGCCAGGGAGAGAAUGCUGACCCAGAUCCAUGAACUCAAGACUCUCAGGGGGCUGCUGCAGCCGCAAGAGGACGACCGCUUCAUGUUCACGCCUCCAGACCAGGCUCUGUACAUAGCCAUCCAGUCCAUGGGCCUGAUCAGCAGCAGCGCCUUUGCCCCCGUCACCAAAGCCCACGGCGAAGGUCUGAAAAACGUAUUGCGCGGGAAGCCCGCGUCCUUCACCGUCAUCGGAUACGAUCACGACGGCGAGCCGCGUUUGUCCGGCGGCGACCCGGUGUCGGCGAUGGUGAUGUCUGUCGCAGACGGCUCUCCGUCCGCGGUGGAGGUGACGGAUCACCAGAACGGAUCCUACACCGUCAGCUACCUGCCGAAAACGGAGGGGGAACACCUGGUGUCUGUGUUGGUGUGCAACCAGCACAUCCAGGGCAGCCCCUUCAAGGUGAUAGUCAAGUCUGGACGGAGCUACGGGUCCCUCGGCUCCCAGGUGUCGUCUUUCGGAUGUGAGGGGGAGGGAGACGGCCAGCUGUGUCGCCCCUGGGGCAUCAGCGUGGACAAGGAAGGAUAUGUCGUGGUGGCGGAUCGCAGCAACAACCGCAUACAGAUCUUCAAGCCUUGCGGUGCCUUCCACCAUAAAUUCGGCUCCUUGGGUUCUCGGCCUGGUCAGUUUGAUCGUCCAGCCGGGGUUGCCUGUGACAGUCAGAGACGGAUCAUUGUGGCUGAUAAGGACAAUCACCGUGUGCAGGUGUUUACGUUUGAGGGCCAGUUCCUGCUGAAGUUUGGGGAAAAGGGCACCAAGAACGGGCAGUUCAACUAUCCCUGGGACGUGGCCGUCAACUCUGAGGGUAAAAUCUUGGUCUCGGACACCAGAAACCACCGCGUGCAGCUCUUUGCCCCCGACGGUUCCUUCCUCAACAAGUACGGCUUCGAAGGGGCUCUGUGGAAACACUUUGACUCCCCCAGAGGGGUCGCCUUUAACCACGAAGACCACCUCGUCGUGACCGACUUCAACAACCACCGGCUCCUGGUCAUCCGGCCAGACUGCCAGUCGGCUCGCUUCUUGGGCUCGGAGGGCACGGGGAACGGGCAGUUUCUGCGCCCCCAGGGCGUCGCCGUGGACCAAGAGAACCGCAUCAUCGUGGCCGACUCCCGCAACCACAGGAUCCAAGUGUUCGAGCCCAACGGAAACUUUUUAUGCAAAUUUGGCACUCAGGGGAGUGGCUACGGACAGAUGGACCGCCCCUCCGGGGUGGCCGUGAUGCCCGACGGAGUCAUCGUGGUCGUUGACUUUGGAAACAACCGCAUACUCAAGUUCUAAAAGAAAAAAAAUCUUUUUUUUUUUUUUUUGCAUUCUCUCCCUCUGUUUGCUCUUUUUGCAGUAACUUUCCACAAUGAAGGAAAUGGAGAGGAGAGAAUCAAUCAACAGAAAGGCAGGGCCGUUCAGAGAGGACUGAGAUUAGGCUAAAAGGACUUUUUUCACAUUCACUACUACUCACCCAAACAUACGUCUACUUUAUACAAUGGGGACCUAUCCAAAUGGACUCGUAGUUGCUCUCAGUCCUCUCUGUGCGCCCUCCUUUAAGAUCCAUCUCAGGGAAUUCUUUCACUUCUUGAAAUCUCGUACCUUCUGCUCCAUACCUACCUCAUUUAGCUCUUUAUGAAUGUACUCAUACUCACUGAGCAGAGGUUUUAGUCCGUGAAGUUUUACAAAGAAGAAACGUCUACCUCUAUACUUUAUUUAAGAGACAUAAAAGUAGAUUCUUGGGUUGAUAUUUGCACAGGAUUCAUUGAAUUCUCUCUGUGCAUUUUCAGUAUGAGUAAGCGCGAACCUCCUGAAUGUUGUUGCUGAGACAAUACUCAGACCGCUGUAGAGGUUGAUUCUGGUUGAUUCUCAUCAGUAGGCUCGGCUCAGAGAAGAAGACGAGGGUCAAGUAAUGUCCUUCCCUGUUUUUAGACUAUUAAGGUGGUUUUUUUUCCCCUCCCCUCUUAGAGAAGUAGAUUGACCCUUUUCUCUAUUUAGCUCAGUGGAGUUUGUAAUUUCACAAAUGCCGAGCAAGACUGUGAGAAGCAAUGCCAAACUCAAUGGAAUCAAAAUUAGCUCAGGUCAUCGUAAAAACUGGUCCGAACGAUUGGUUCUUUUUUCAGGCUUUCCUAGCUUUACUGACUAAUGCUGAUUUAAUAAAUUUCCUAAUGAGUAGAAGCAGGAAAUAAAUGUAUGAAAAUCAGCUCUAAAAUGAUCCCUGAAAUGAGAUAUCUUUCGAUCAUGAUCCCUAAACUUUUAUCGCAAGACUGGGACGAUGUUGCGUUUCCGCCGAAGAAAGAAAAACGAAUAUGCAAAGAAAACAUGGUCUUCUCCGAACGGGAAGACCCACAGAAUGAUUUAAGAGUUGAAUCCGCAGAGAUCUCAACGUGUUCCUUCGCAUUAUCGUAGAAAUGUAAUUAUAGAAGUGAAAGCUACUUUUUAAACGAGGCAUGCUGUUUGACAAAAAGCCUUCAGAAGUAGACGCCUGUUAUGGCCGUCCUGAGGACAUUAAUGACAACAGAUUACAGGCCUAAUAUAAUAUAUCAAUGUCUUGGAUUUAGAUUGUGGUUUAAAGCCACGGCCUUUGGCUCCGAGGGCCAAAGAUCCAGAGCAGCCCAAUGAGAGGGCAUCAUCACAAAGCCCUACCCUAUUUAUUUAUCCUUAGAUCUAAGUCAAACAAAAAGAACGCCUUCAGAUUGAGCGUUAGUAGACGGAUUCCUCUAAAGAUGGAGGUCUACAGACCAACUACUAGAAUCAACCAAAGUUAGAAUCUCUGCACAAAGGCCAGCUAUAAAUGUGGCGUUUAACGGAUCUUGAAAUCCCCCUUAAAACUUUUCUUUAAAUAACUCUUGUUUGAAAAGUCUAACGUUCUUACAACUCGUGGAGUUUAGUUCAUCGCACUGUCUUACAUUAGGCUUUGGAGAAACGGAAUGCUUAGGUCCCAAGUUACCAAGUACUUCCUCUCCCGUAAGGCUCUGGCUAUGGGAGCAAAUGUAGAAAGUUUCUGUCUUGCAGAGGUGCUCAAAACGGAGAAUACCCGCACCAAAGAAAAACCCUUACAUUUAUUCUCUAAGCUCAUUCAGCAAUGCCAUAGUUUUAUCACGAUGAGACUCAGAGUACCAUCUCAGAUUAGUCUUUUUAUUAACUAACCCCCGUCCCUACUGACUGAUACAGUUUCUUUAAGGUGCAACCAAUCCCUUCGCCUCUUGGUUUUUGCUUCCCUGGAAGAACUCGACAAUAUCAGGUUCUGUAAGCUAGUUUCUCGUUGAAACAAACAAACAAAAAAACCCACCUCAGACUGACUCUCGCUUCUGAAUUGACGAUUUGUUGAUACAACUUGGGAGAUUUAGUGUCGGAUAACAUUUACCUCAAUGUUCUCACUUCGUUUCUCGUAUACCUCAACUUUCUAAAUACCUCAAGUUUCGUUCCUCAUGGUUACGGUGCAUUUAAAGCUUUUGAAUACCUCAAUUUAUUAUUCCUUCUGAAUACCUCAGUUUUUACUCUUUCUUGAAGGAUUUUGUUUUACCUCACCAAUACCUCCUUGUUUGACCGUUCAGCACAAGGACCAAAGAUCAUUGUACUGUUUAGCAUUGAAACAGAAUUUGUAUAAAAACAGCUUUCGUGUCUGCCUGAUCUACUGUAACCUGCCUGGUUAAAUUAUUGCCUUUUUUUCUUUUGUUUUUUUAUCCGCAACAAAACGAAUCGUUCCGAUGCGAGCAUUGUGCCAAAAACGACCUGUGAGAGUUCUGUGCCAAAACAGGAUUGGCAUUUGGACUGCGAUGUUGUAGAGGCGAUGUGUCACUGGACCAUUAUAUCAAAAGGUUUAAAAUCAGAACAACUGAGGAUAAAUCCUCCUCCUCUGGUUUGAAUGCACUGGGUUAACCCUAACCCUAACCCUAACCCUUGGCCCCAUUUACCUUUACCUCACACUGACGUUGAACAUACAGGUUUCCAUGUGGAAGAUGUCUCUGUGCUGCCGAGGGACGCGGGGUUAGAGGAAAAAACUGGUCUUUCGUAAAGAAUUAGCAGCUCAAAAGUGUCGGCCAUUAAACGCACAUGAAUUACCUCAGAUUUCAGCACAAUUUACCAAUCUUAUCAGUGUGGAUUUUUAGGAUGCUUGAUGUUGGUUGAAAUGAGUCUGUAAUCUCCAAUUCAUCUCGUCGGAUUACGCCUAAUGUGUGACAGCAGGCUGGCUCAUCAUUUAAAGGGAUAUUUCUGGUUUUAUUCCAAAGAUUACUAGUAGGCUAACUCCUUGAAGCUAACUGGGCUUUGAGGGAGUUGUGAUGACUAUUUACUAGUCAUCACUAGGCAUACUAUGAUUGUCUUCAGUACAAAUAUACCAUGGUAUUAAAAUAUUUACCCAAAAUGAGAAAGAACAUGUGCGUAGCGUUAAUUGUUUUUGUUGUUGUUUAAGCAGCAAAACACAUUUAUACAUUUAAAAAUCACUUUUAUGUUACAUUAACUUGGCAACACGACAAAUGGCAGUGAGCAGUUUUAACUGGUGAGGCUAUCCGCUCCGUUAGCUAGCCCACAGUCUGCUGCUUGACAGAAGUGCUGAUCAUGGUAUAACAGAAAAUAUGAACCUCUAUGUAUUAACCUCAACAAGCCCACGCCUCGUCGCUACAUUUUCACAGACAUGUUGACGCUGAAGCGAAAUAUCCCUUUAAACCAGGCAGGAGGAUGAGCCAGCUUGAGUCUGCAAAAGUAUUGCUGCUUUGAACACAACGCCUAUCAUUAACCAAUGAGAUUUUUUUUUCUUCUUUUUUUUUUUUUUUUUGCUUUUCAGUAUUACUCCGAGAUGUUCACUCAAUGGUGCAUCAGGUUUUGUUUUCUUUUACACUUUUUUUUUUUAAAUUAAGAUUGCAGAAUUCUAUCUUUAAGAUCCUUAGGUCUUCACUCUUAAAGAGGAAAAAUGUAUUUUAAACCUUUAUUUGUAUUUCGUUUCAUUGCAUGCUUUAAAAGUUCUUGUAUUAUACUGAUGUCUCCCAGAUAGGUGUUGCAAGGCUCAGAUAGGGUGGGUAGCUGAUUGUUGGGAUGUUGUUUUUUUUUUUUUUGUUUUGUUUUUCCAAACAAAAUGUAUACCCAAAGAUGUGUAUAUGUGUGUUUAAAAAGCUUGUUGGUUGGAAUUAACUUUUGACCUUUGCGAUUGUAUUUCUUGUUGGUUUGAGGCUCUGCAGUGCGCAACCUGUUCAGCUAGCGACGCUUCUGUUCCCGAGAGGCUUGAGAGUUUUGAUUCUUACAUUAUUUACAUUAAUUUGUGGUCAAACAGCCUAGAAUUAAUUUAAAAAGGCAGUAAACAUUUACAAAAUGAAUAACAUAUCUCCCCUUUUUAAUUCCAGCCUUGUCCCCAACAAAAACCAGCAUUCAUCUCCCCUUCGGAGACAAACGUGGUCAGUUGAUUGCACCCCCUGCUGGAGCUGUAAUGAAUUGCGCUCAACUUUGAAUGUAAGGGCUGCAAAUUUAUGAUUUUUAAAUUUUUUUUUAAAAUUUCUCUCUGGCCUCUUAAAACUUCUCCAGGGAAAGAAGAAUCGCAAAGCUGCACCAGACGAAACAUGCAAGGUCAUAGACCCUCCCUUUUUGUUUUAAAUGAUUGUAUAACCUAAAAAAAAAAAAAAAGAAAAAAAAAAAGAAUGGGGGGAAUAAAUGGCUUAGGAAAAAUGUAGACAGGAAAAGAAAAAAUUAAAACAAAACUCAGGUUGUUCCCAGCAGCCUCGUGCUGCAGGUGUCUCAUUUAAAAAAAAAAAAAAAGUCCCGUAGUGAUAAUGUAGUGACUUCUUCCCUCUUAUGAACUAAUCUUGAUUUUUUUUUCUUUUUGCGUGUCCAUUUAAAUAUUAUGAAAGAAAUUAUUUCUCAAUCUGCUCA